AUAUGAGUACUUUCAACUGUCAGUAUCGAAAUCGACUUGGUGUGACUUGUAAUUGUCUCAACUUCACACUAUUUAUAUAAAUUUCUACCUAACAAAUAGAUAAAUCGUGAUACAUAACUUAUCAUUAAUCCAUAUUUAAAAAAUUAAAAAAAGAUUAAAGUGUUAAUUGUUUCAAUCGGAGUAAAACUUCAAAUUUAAUUGUGUGUUCACGUGUAUUACGUAACAAUAGAUUAUAAGGGAGAGAAAGUGAGAGAGAAAGAAAGAGGUGAAGUCAACGGUAAAAUUCAACAGAAUCAUACAGAAGGCUACACAACUUUUGCCGCAAAAAGGACCGAACGAAUAUUAAUCGCGAGAGGGGGGUGUCGUCUUGAAACUCUUCACACGUGCAACAGAAAAUUCGCGUAUCCAAUCCAUUAAAUAUGGACUCUCCUGUCAUCGUGGAUACAGCAUCCAAAUUCGGCCGAGAUCUGGACCCUGGUUUUCCAUUUGAUGACGAAGGUUUUAGCCGGAGGAGUGACAUAAGGUCUCAUUUAGACGACUUGGCAGCUCGACAUCCAGAAUUUGCUGAACAUUUAUUGGGUCCACCUUGGGGUGAUAUUCCUUUUCACGGUACAUUGAGAAAUCGUAGACGUGGCUCCAGUAGCAAUUCCCACCAGGGUCAUACAGACGACGAUACGCGUAGUCAAGCAAGUGGAAGCAGUGCAGCAAGUGUAGCAAGUGGCGCCAGUGGUGUGAGUUCCCACGGAGAGCCUGAUCAUACUUACCAACAAGAUACAUCUACUAAAAUUCCUCAGUACGGUUUACGCAAUACUGUAGACAUUGGUCAACAUCAUCACAAUAUGGAAAACGUUGAAAAAGGAGAUCGAAGUCAAAGGUCAAUGUCUGCUCCACCAGAAAAUCGACAACAACCACAAGAACAAUCACAACAACCAUCUCAAGGUCAGAAUCAACGAUAUAUUAGUAGGGUAGACAUCACGCCUCAAUAUAUCGGUCAAAAAACUGAUGAUAAAAAUUUCAAUACAGCUAAACAACAACAAUCAUCACAACAAGCUCAACAACAAAAAAAUCAAACACAAGGUAACGUCAGGCAUAUUCCAAUAUUUGUAGAAGGACGUGAUGAACCUGUUAUUCCUAAGAAUAUUGAUGAUCAACCAACAUAUACUAGACAUCAAUCACCUUCACGAUUUUAUCAGCAAUCAAACUUUGAUGCUCCACAAAAUUUUCGAAAUAAUUCACAUAAAUCUUCACAAUUUAAUGACUUUUUUAAUAAAAGGCAUAGAGACUGGCCUUCACAAUUUCAAGAUCCUUUUCAGGAUACUUUCGAUCAUCCAGAAACACGUAGAACCCAUCAACAAUCACGAUCACCAUUUAGACAACAAACAACUGAGAAACAGCGAGUGCCUCAACGUGAUGAAAGUCCUAUCCCAGUACCAGUACAAAAACAACAACAACAUCAAGAGACAGAGUCUAAACAAAGGCCUACUCCUAAAACAUCUUUAGAAAAAGUAGCUGCAGUUCAGAAAGAGGUAGAUUCAUUGACAGAGCAAGUUAAACAAUGGAAUGGGAAUUCGCGGAAAGAUAAACAGUAUAUUUAUCUUGAUGAAAUGUUAACUCGAGAAUUGAUCAAGUUAGAUGAUAUAGAGACUGAAGGUAAAGAAAAUGUUAGGCAAGCGCGAAAGAAUGCCAUCAAAAGUAUACAAGAUUCUAUCAGUUUAUUAGAAUCUAAAGCACCUCUUCCAGCACAAAACAAUGAAACAAUCGUUGAUCAAUCAAUAACUGAGAAUCAAACAGAAAAGCAACAAGACUCUGUUGAAAGUCAACAAAUUAUGAGUAGUAACGAAGAACAGGAAAAUAAAGAGGUUAUUCCUUUACCUAUGUUAUCAACAGAUUCUUCAUCAGAAGCUGUCGAGGGAUCUGAAACACAAAAAGGUGCAACUCCUACUGAAGAAAAAUUAUCAGAAGAUCAAAGUCUUCCUCAAAGUGAUGUAGCUAGUGCUCCAAUAGAAAAUGUUUCAGUAAAAGAUUCUAAUGAAACUGAAGUUCAACCAAAUUCGGAAGCUCAAAAAGUGUCAGAAAAUGAACAAGUUAAUCUCAAAUCAUCUAAAGAUUCUACAGAAAGAAAGGAUCAUCAGAAUACUCUUCAAAAAAAGUCACCAAAGAAAUUAAAAAAAGCAAAUCAACCAACACCAAUCUCCUUAGAGCCAAUUCCUUUGCCGGCAUCGGAAAAGCAAAGUUAAGAUGCUAAAAGCUUAAUUAA